AUGCCCCGUCCCUCCAAGAAGGCCGCCACCGAGGCCCCCAAGCCUCCCGUUGCUGCUGUCCCCGUCGCGCCUGCGCAACCCGUGCAGCCCCUCCAGAUCCCCCAGAGACACAUUGAUGUCGAGGGUUUCAUCCGCGUCCGCGACUCGGUCCACCAACGUCUCAUCACCAUUCUGGAGCUGAUCAAGAACUUCUCCGAAGACUACUACCGCCAGACCAGUCUUCUGCUCGGCGAGUCUGCAAACGAUGGCAUCCCGGGCAUCGACCACCCUCUGGUCAACCUGGAGCAUGCUGUAGCCCAGAACAUUGCUCCCCUCGCCUUGGGACUCCCUGGUGGCGCCGCCUACCUCCCUGCCCCUGUCGAGGAGAAGAAGGAGCGCAAGAAGCGCACCCACGACCCCAAUGCUCCCAAGCGUCCCCUGACCCCCUACUUCCUCUACAUGCAGACUGCCCGUCCCAUCAUCGCUCUUGACCUCGGCGACGCCGCACCCAAGGGUGCUGUCCAGGAGGAGGGCCAGCGCCGCUGGAAGGCCAUGAACCCCGCCGAGAAGGCGGGAUGGAACAACGCCUACCAGUACAACCUCCGCCUCUACCAGGCCCGUGUCCACGCCUACAAGCAGGGUGGCAACUCGGAGGCCAGGCUCAUGGACGAUGAUGCCGCGCUCAAGUACGCCGAGGAGCACAACAUCCAGAUCAACCCCGUCGAUGUUGUCCCCGACGUCGAGGAUGCCAUUGCGGAGCAGCUGAACCAGGCCAACACGGUCGAUGCGCCCGGCGAAGAUGAGGAGGAAGACGAGGCUCCCGCCCCCGUUAAGACCCCUAAGAAGCCCGCCUCCACUCGCAAGCGCAAGACUGCCACUCCCGCUGCCGAGGCUGAGGCCAAGAACACCGGCACUCCCGCGAGUCCUGACAAGAAGCGCCGUCGCACAUCCACCAAGGUUGCCGACGCCGUCGAGCCGGCAGAGCCCGCGAAGAAGAGCAGAGCUAAGAAGGCCAAGGCUUGA